GACGAUAACUUCCUAAUUUUGAUUAGUUCCUUAGAAAGAACACAGCAAUAUAAAAAUACAGAACCGAAAGGAGGAGGUAAUGGCAUAAAUAAAUGGUAAUUAAACUAAAGAGAAAUUAUUUGGGCUUAAUCUUUUCCAGGCCCAUCUCGGAGCCCAAUAUGAGAUGGUAUCGGAGUUCGAGCAGAGAAAGCUUCUUCUCCGCCAUGGAUGUAGCUCCUCGAAGAACCAAAAAAAAAAAUCACUUCUGGAUAUCGCUCAAAAAUAUGACUUCUCACAUACCGUCCUUUAACCGGUCGUCACCUACUACUCUGAUCCCUAAGCCCGAACCAGUCACCGAUUCCGACCUAGAAACUCGUAUCCCAAGCUCAUCCAUCUUAAAUUUCAACAACACUCCACCAGUGGAAGCCAACCUGUACACCGAGUUCAACAACGUAGCAGAUACUUUCCGCUCAGCGUUCGCACAACAACGCCACGAGGUGGACGUCACGGUUCUCGAUUCUCUAACCGGCGCAAUCGUACCGGUUCCAGAAGAGGAACCACCGUCCCUCGUCGUUACUAGAAAGCCGAAGAAGACUCAAGGACGGUCAUCGGAGCUGGUGAGGAUCACCGACCUCGGGGCCGAAGGAGAGAGAGAGUUCCGAGAAGUCGUGAGGAAGACGAGGAUGAUCUACGACUCGCUCAGGAUCUUCUUGAUUCUGAAGGAAACGCGUGAGAUCGGGAGGAGGAGGAGGGGUGAUAGUAAUAAUAGCAAAGCUGCUUCAAUGAUGAAAGAACGUUCCCUGUGGCUAAACCGCGACAAACGGAUCGUGGGUUCGAUUCCCGGUGUCCACGUGGGCGAUAUAUUUUUUUUCAGGCUUGAGUUGUGUGUUAUGGGUUUACACGGACAUCCGCAAGCCGGGAUUGAUUAUCUCACCGGGAGUCGCAGCUCUAACGGAGAGCCGAUUGCGACGAGUGUGAUUGUUUCAGGUGGGUAUGAGGACGAUGAUGAUCAAGGGGAUGUGAUUAUCUACACAGGACAGGGUGGGCAAGACAAGUUAGGUAGGAGGCAGGCUGAGCAUCAGAAGCUGGAAGGUGGGAAUCUCGCUAUGGAGAGGAGUAUGUACUACGGGAUUGAAGUGAGAGUCGUUCGUGGUUUCAAGUACGAGAACUCGGUUUCUACCAAAGUUUAUGUCUACGAUGGUCUGUUUAGGGUUGUUGAUUCCUGGUUCGAUGUUGGGAAGUCUGGUUUUGGUGUUUUUAAGUUUAGGCUGGAGAGAAUCAUCGGAGGGGAGGUUGUGGAGAUGGGUAGCUCGGUUUUGAAGUUUGCCAAGACUCUUAAAACCAACCCUUUGUCUGUGAGACCGAGUGGUUACGUCAGUUUCGAUAUCUCGAACAGGAAGGAGAAUGCUCCUGUGUAUUUGUUUAACGACAUUGAUGAUGAUCAAGAGCCUUUGUACUACGAGUAUCUCGCCAAUGCUUCUUUUCCACUGUUUCGACAGAGUGAUAGUGAUGAUGCAGCAAGUGGAUGCGACUGUGUCAACGGUUGUAGCAGUGGCUGCCUUUGUGAGACGAAGAACGGAGGUCAGUUUGCUUAUGAUUACAAUGGGAAUCUGAUGAGAAUGCGACCGUUGGUACAUGAGUGUGGACCGGCCUGUAAGUGCCCUCCUACUUGCCGAAACCGUGUCACUCAAAAGGGUCUGAGGAGCAGUCUCGAAGUGUUUAGGUCGGCGGAAACUGGUUGGGGAGUUCGGUCUUUAGAUAUAUUACAUGCUGGUGCGUUUAUAUGCGAGUAUGUCGGGGUUGCUCUGACGAGGGAACAAGCUGACAUUCUGACCAUGAACGGUGAUACUUUGGUGUAUCCUGGUCGGUUUUCUUCUGCUAGAUGGAAAGCUUGGGGAGAUUUGUCUCAGGUCUUUCCUGAUGAUUACGAGAGACCACCACCUUCGUAUCCUAAGAUCCCUCCUGUUGAUUUUGCCAUGGAUGUUUCCAAGUUUAGGAAUGUUGCUUGUUACAUAAGCCACAGUGCUGAUUCAAAUGUAAUUGUCCAGUUUGUACUCCAUGAUCACAACAAUCUCAUGUUUCCUCGUGUUAUGCUUUUCGCUGCUGAGAACAUUCCUCCCAUGACUGAGCUCAGCCUUGAUUAUGGAGUAUCUGAUGAUGAAUGGAGCCCCAAGCUCGCCAUUUGUAAUUAAACUCAGUCCUUGACCUUUCCCCCUCCUUAUUUUUCAAGAUUGUAUCAGUUCAAUCUUCUUUUUUUUUGUUUGGUCGCAUGAAGUAAGAAGAAAAGCAGUUUGUGCAGAAUCAAGGUUUGAUAGGACUUCAUUCCUCCCUCUGUGUACGUUUUUGAGUUUUGUGUAUGUUUGCACAAUUUUGGGAGGCAAUGUUUUUAGGGUUAUUAGUGUACAAAACUCAGAAGGAUGUUUCUUUGUCUGUAUCGGUUUGCUCUUUGACAUGCCUAUGAAGUGAAGUGAAACAAUAUUAUCCUUCCUGUCCAUCUUCAUCUCCAAAA